AUAGAACUUGUCAGUAUUAGUUCUCUUUGCCACGUAGACAUCCAUGGCAGCUGCCACUGACCAGAGUCUCCUCCAACCUCUCAUACACAGACCCGCUGGAGGAGACAAUGCCACGUCGGAUUCAGAUUCAGGUAUUCUUCUACGUCUUCUCUCUGUGAUUCUCAUCGGAGCAGUCUCCUUGUGGGCAAACCGCGAAGCCGCCAAAGGGUUCGACAUAACCAUCGUCAACAAUGUCAACAACUCCCCUGUCGGCAGAAAAUUCGAUCUCUUCUAUCGAUCGGACGAUAAAGCCUGUCGGAUUCUACUCAGCACGAGCUCCUUCGUUGAGAGACUCCUCUACGAUAGGGUUCCCCUUCAUCACCGGAAGCUCGUGAGCCGAGUAACCGUCCGUCUCUCCGGCGAAAACAGCACCGUAAGAAUUCCGGUAACUUCCGGCGCAAGUCACGGGGAUUACGUCAUAAGCUUGAGCUCGUCUCUAAUGGAGGACAGAGACUAUGACCGCAUCAUAACAUCGACAUUGCGACGUGCCAUGGUUAGGAUAUGGCUAUGGGGGGACGAGGCCGGAGCUCCGCUGCAGGUGAUGGCGGGAAUGGCGGAGUAUAUAGCGGCCAUGGCCGUGGGGGAAGAGGAUUCAUCUCAGCUGUUGGAUCGAGGAGGCUCGCAAGAUUGUUGGAAGGAUCACGACCCUGAGUCUGUAGCUAAGUUCUUGGCUUACUGCGACGGCCUGAGCGAAGGGUUCAUCGGACGGCUGAACCAGAGGAUGAGACGUCAUCGGUGGGAUGAUCGGACGGUGGAUAUGGCGUUUGGGAAUAGGACAGCUGAGAGCGCGUGCGAUGAGAUGGCGCGUCGGAUAAAGGCAUGAUGAUUGAUCCCUAAGCUGUCGUGGAACAUCGUCACAUGCUUGGAUGACAAUGUUUUAUAUUCUUUUAUUUGACGUUGUGAUUUGAUUUUUUGAAUUAUUGGAUGACAAAAUGGUCAGAACCACAUAUUUUUCGGGUCGAAAC